AUAGAUGACUAGUGAAUAGUUUUUCAUUACAUUUUAACUCUUUUAAACAAAUCAAUGCAUUCAAUGAAUAAUUAAACUUCUGAUAAAUAUAUAUUCACUUAAUUUUAUUUGUAAUCAAUGGACGAGAAGAGCGAUUUAGUAGACGCUAACUGUCCGGUUAAAUGUCUAAACCCAACCGAUGGUAUAGCCUAUGAUAUGAAACACAAAAAUCGUGGCAAAUGUGUUGUCUUUAAUCACAAGACUUUCGACAAACAGACCAAAUGUAAGGAUAGGGACGGAACCGAUAAAGAUGUCCAAAAUAUUAUCACAUGCUUUGAAAGACUGCAUUUUGAAGUAAUUGUUGUCAACGACGGCAGUCUUAGAGACAUCAGACAAACACUAUUUAAUAUUGGAACCGAAAAUCACACCAAUAAUGACUGUGUGGUAGUUAUUGUCUUAACCCAUGGCAAUGAACACACUCUUUGGGCCAGAGAUACCAAAUACAAGGCAGAGAUAUUGUUUCCGUACUUAUAUUGUUCAUCACUAAUAGGGAAACCAAAGAUCUUUAUAAUUCAGGCUUGUCGUGGAAAUAAUGUCGAUUCGGGAUCUAAAUUGAAAACACUCGGUAACGGGUCCUCCAGCGUCGACAAAAGACCCGUAGUCUAUAAGCCUGUCUAUACAAUACCAACAAACGCCGAUUUGCUUAUAUAUCAGAGCACUUCUCCCGGCCAUUAUUCUUUCCGUAACGCCGAUUCGGGCUCUUAUUUUAUCCAAACAUUGGUCUCAGUAUUAAAUGAUUAUUGCUAUAAAAGUGAUCACGAUUUGGUCACACUCUUCACAAUUGUCAACCAGAGAAUGGCAUUUGAUUUUGAGUCAAAUUCUACGGAUCCGAGAGCCGAUAAGAAGAAGCAAAUACCGUGCAUUACAUCAAUGCUCACAAGAUUAGUAUAUUUCACACCCAAAUCGUCAAAGAAAUGACAACUUUAUGCACGUUUCAAAUCUAAUAUGGAUUUAACGU